CGAUCUAUUUAAGAGAGUGAGGCCGGCGAAGCAGAGCAGUUGUCUGUGGAAUUGCUUCAGUGUGCUUUGAGAGCGAGAAGAUGGCGGAGACGACGCCGAAUCACACGCAGUGUGUGUCCGGGUGGGCGGCGAGGGACUCCUCCGGCGAGGUGACGCCGUUCGUCUUCAUGCGAAGGGAGAAUGGGGCGGACGACGUGACGAUCAAGGUGCUCUACUGCGGCAUGUGCCAUACCGAUCUCCACUACAUCCGCAACGAUUGGGGCAUCACCAUCUACCCUGUCGUUCCUGGGCAUGAGAUCACUGGCAUAAUCACCAAGGUCGGAGGCAACGUAAGCAACUUCAAGGUUGGUGAUAGAGUCGGAGUGGGAUGCCUAGCUGCCUCAUGCCUCAAGUGUGAUUUGUGCAAGAACUCAGAGGAGAACUACUGUGAACAGCUCCAGUUCACUUACAAUGGCAUCUUCUGGGAUGGCAGCAUCACCUAUGGCGGCUACUCCAAGAUGCUCGUCGCUGACAAAAGGUAUGUUGUACAUGUGCCGGAGAAUCUCCCCUUGGACAAGGCAGCUCCCCUCUUGUGUGCAGGGAUCACCGUAUUUGGGCCCAUGAAGCAGCACAACAUGCUGCAAGCAGGUAAGAAGCUUGGCGUUGUCGGCUUGGGAGGGCUUGGCCACAUCGCAAUCAAAUUCGCGAAGGCCUUUGGGCUUCAUAUGACAGUAAUUAGCACAUCUCCUUCCAAGGAGAAAGAAGCCAAGGAGCGUCUUGGUGCAGACAAUUUCAUUGUCAGCACUGACCCAAAACAAAUGAAGGCAAAUGUGAGAAGCUUAGAUUACAUAAUCGACACAGUAUCUGCCGUGCAUUCUCUCGGUCCAAUUCUUGAAUUGCUCAAGAUCAAGGGGACUCUGGCCAUUGUCGGAGCUCCUGACAAGCCAAUGGAACUUCCGUCUUUCCCUCUAAUCUUCGGUAAGAGGACGGUGAGUGGAAGCAUAAUUGGAAGUAUCAAGGAGACGCAGGAGAUGUUGGAUCUAUGUGGAAAAUACAACAUCACUUGCGAGAUUGAACUCGUUACACCUGACUAUAUCAACAAGGCAUUAGACAGGCUUGCAAAGAACGAUGUUCGUUACAGAUUUGUGCUUGAUGUUGCUUCCGAGUCCAAACUCUGAUGGUUGAUCACCAUCAGUUGACUGAAAUUAAGCUCUCCAGCCUCUUUCUUGUCUACCAAUUUCACCAUUGUGUACCCCCAUAGUAGCAUGACAGAAAGGCCUACUGGAUUGAAAUGACAAACCGUCUUUUAAGACUUAGUUUCAAAUAUAUUUUUAAUUAUGGCCCGAGGGCAUAAAUUCCUA